GCAUUUUUCUCGCCAGUCACGUAUGCAGAAGUUCGAUGUUCUCGGGCUCUGCAUUCGUGAGGAGCAUCAACACCGUUGGCCUGGUCAACUUCGUGUUCUUCGAGAUGGCAUGCAAUAUGGCACUCGCGCCGUUCACCUGCUAUGCCCAUCCGAACGGCAAGCACAGUGUGCGGCAAUAUCCCAGUGUCUUCUGCGACACCGCCGACCAUGCUGUCAUGAGCAUCAUGGGAGGCAUCUUGGUUGUACUGGUGGUGGGAUUUCUUACUGCCUGUGCGUGGGCGGUGUGGCGGAUGCCGUAUUGGACGCUCCGGGAGGACAUGCGGGAGCGGGUGGCCGCAUUUCGCUUCGUGAAGGAGGGCUACAGACUGGAUUCCUGGUGGUACGGUGUGCCCGUGCUUCUCACGGGCCCUUUGCUGUCCCUCCCUGCCGUGGUCGCUCCGGACGACCCUGCCACCCAGGUAGGGCUUACGACGGUGAUCCUCUUCACGCAUUUGCUGCUGCUCCUGCUCUGCUGGCCGUGGAAGGUCCCGGUGAUGAAUGUCAUUGAAACGGUCUCCGUAUCAGGCGCACUUUUCUCGGCAAUCAGUGCUGGCUUCUUUCUCCCGACCGGCUCCGA